AUGUCUCAGCCUCGCACCCUCAACUCUGCAAUCACUGUCGUCCCACCGGUGGAGCUCCCUAGCGAGACUUAUGCAGGCUCACCUGACUUCAUUGCGACAAGUCCCUUCUCGACCGCUACAGCUCAGAACAGGGCAGAUCCCGCGUUUUCUGAGAGCGAUGUCAUGCCAUGGAUCAACAUCUUCUUCGACCGACUCUAUCCAACCUUACCAAUAGUCAACCGUUUUGCUUUAUAUCGAGAUAUUGUGGGCCGCCGUCAGAGUCGAGAUCCUGAUUUUGCUGCCAUGGUCCUCUCCCUCUCUGCCCUUGCGCUCAUACAACCGGUGUUGAGAGAAGAACAUGAGUCCAUGCCAUCUCGCACCGCCUUGGCCACCAAAAUGCUCCAGGCUGCAAUAAAGUUGAGAACACAUACCUUCGGAGAGAACCUUAGCGUCGUUUCUGUUGUGUCAAGCUUCUUUAUGUUCGCCGCUUUGUUUGGAUUGGGAAAUCAGAAUGCAGCCUGGCUUCGUCUAAGAGAAGCAGUUGAGUGUGGUAAGAUGAUUGGCCUUCACCAACCAGAUACCUACAAAUAUCUUACUAGGGACGAAAAAGGCCCGCGUUUUCGAUUGUUUUUGAUUUUAUCAGUCACAGAACGCGGCUACGCACUUCAGCGCAAUCACUAUAUCAGCUUCACUGGUCAGCAUCUCUCUAAAAUGGAUGGAAUAUACAGAGAAAUCGAGACGGCGGCAACCAGUCAGAUAUCAAGCAUUUUAGUCCACGAUGAUAAAGAUGUCACUGCGAUGCGUGGACUUCUACAGCUUAUGAAAUUGUUCGACUCCGUAGAUGAGGACAUCAUCCCAUGUUGGAAUAGGAGUUGCUCGAUUGCUCAUGGUUCCUGUACACGACUCAAUGCUGCCCAAGUACAUCGGGUGUACAAUGCAGUUUCUGAGGCCAUGCCACCAACCCGAGCAAGAUAUCCUGCACACCCCGGCCAGAAUCAUCUGGAUGCUGACCCUUCGGCGGUGCAACACUCUGGCACUACGUUGAAUGACCCACAAUGGGCCGACUGCUUUGUGUUACAACAAUGGCUUCUCGUCAGACUAUGGGUCUCCUGCCUGACUCACGAUUUGCUUGACGAAGACAGUAGCCUCCAUUUCAUGAAAUCGGGCUUUGCUGUCAGUGUUGCCGCAACUGUCUGGGAGCAAUGCCGCCAGCUCGAGACUCGUGUUCUCGAGGUACACGGGAUUGGAAUGAUCGAACGCUUAUUCGAUGUUGCUAUGGGUGUUUGUAUGGCUAUUGAGCAUUGCAAAGGUUUGGAUCGUGCAUACGCCACCACAGCAGGCCAUGCGACCCUUCAGCAUUACUUUGUCCUCCUGGACCACUUGCGCAAUGGUGGGCAUACCUACAGCUCUACGCUGCGAGAAGCGUAUGAUUCCAUACAAACAUGA